AUGACUGCGCGCAAAGGCAAGGUCGACCUCGACGCCACCAGCGGUCAGCUCGAGCAGGCCGGCUUGGCUCAUGCCGCGGCCCGACUCGCCGAGCUGGUCGAGGAGGCGGCCAAGCAACAGCUCUCGGCCCACGGCUUCCUCGAUCGGAUCCUGGCGGCCGAGCUGUCCGAGCGUGAGGAGCGCCGGAUCAAGACCUCGCUCCGGCUCUCCGGGCUACCGACCGGUCACACGCUCGGAAACUUUGACUACGGCUUCCAGCCAUCGAUGGAAAAGAGUCGCAUCGAGACCCUGGCCACCUGCGCCUGGAUCCGCGAGCACGCCACGACGCUGAUCGCCGGCCCACCGGGAACAGGCAAGACCCACAUCGCUAUCGCUUUGGGCGUCAAGGCGAUCGAGAACGGCUUCUCCGUCGCCUUCUUCCGGCUCGACGACCUGCUGGCCGCUAUGAAACGCGACGCUGAGCUCGCUCCGCAGCGGUUGCGGCGCAAGAAGUACAACAACGUCUCGAUGCUGAUCAUCGACGAGGUCGGCUUCCAACCGCUCACCCGGCCCGAGGCGAGCCUGUUCUUCCGCCUGGUCAGCUAUCGCUACCAGCGCGGCGCGACCCUGAUCACCACCAACAAGGCGGUCAAAGAUUGGCCCGAGAUCCUCGCCGGCGACGAAGCCAUGGCCGCAGCACUCCUCGAUCGGCUGCUGCACCACUGCCACGUCUUCAACAUCAAAGGCCGGAGCUACAGGCUCCGAGACCUGCAGAGCAUCCUCAAAUGA